AUGCAUAUCAGAGUUUGGAUGAAAUCAAGCAUUUUUGGUUUAUAUGGUAGGAGUUAGGGCUUUUUAAAUAUGGAUUAAAAGGAAUUCGUCUGUGACAGCUUUACAUUUAAAAAUAGAGCAAAAAUUUAGAGAGAAAAUAAAAUUUAGAGAACUAUUACUGAUUCCCUAUUUAGUAAGAUAUAUAUUAAGUUAUUUUAGUGAGGUCGCAUAUCAAAUGA